GUUGGCAACAAGAUUUGUCACUUCUUAUUUCCAAAUGUUCAUUUUAGAAUUCUUGUAAUUUAUAGGUUUAAAAAAAAUUAAUUUUAGUUAUUGCCUUUAAAGAAUUGUUUACUUUCUGAAGAAGUCUUUAUCUUAAACUUUACCCUAGGAAAUUUGAAGAAAUGGAGUGUUGGAGUUUUGGCAGGAGUUUGACAUUAAUCUGCGACAUGGGUGGCACUGUCAGCGCAGGAAAAAAUAAUGAUGAGCUCAUUGACCAUUUAGUGGAAGCAGAAUUUAUUAAAACUCCUUUAAUUCAGCGUGUGUUUAGAUCUGUAGACAGAGGAAACUAUUACUUAGAUGACCACAAACAGAAUGCCUAUAAAGAUAUAGCAUGGCGUAGUGGAAAUUUACAUUUAUCUGCACCUUGUGUUUAUUCAGUAGUUAUGGAAGCUUUAAAGCUCAGAGCUGGUUUGUCAUUUUUAAAUCUUGGAAGUGGAAGUGGAUAUCUAAGCACUUUGGCCGGAUUGCUUUUAGGUCCUUAUGGUACCAACCAUGGUAUUGAACUAUAUAAGGAACUUGUAGACUUUGCAUACGCACGAUUAGAUGAGUUUUUGAAAAAUUCGGAUGCAGUGGAUGAAUGUGAAUUCUGUGAACCUACUUUCAUGGUGGGAAAUUGUCUUACUUUAGAUAGCAACUGCCCUCAAUAUGACAGAGUAUAUUGUGGAGCAUCAUGCCCUGAAGAAUAUGAGCCAUAUAUAAAAAACUUGGUUAAAGUUGGUGGCAUAUUAAUAAUGCCAUUAAAUGAAAAGCUUUUGAAAAUUACUAGAAUCUCUGAAACUAAGUGGCAUACUGUUAAAGUAUUAUCAGUAUCUUUUGCACCACUUAUAUCACCUCCUCCUAAGGAAUCUGUCAUUCCCACACAACUUAGUGAUAUCUGUCCACCCAUGUUGAAACAGAUCUGUCGCUCUAGGAUCAGAACUUUACUCAGAAACAAUGUUGAUCUUGAGCACCCAAAAUUGAAACUUAAGCUGUUGCAAAAAGAACGGCGACCCAGGCGUCAGAUUCGACGCAUUGUUAUCCCAUUUUAUGAUGAAAGUGAUAAUAGCAACAAUCAGAGUGACUCAGAAUAUGAUUUUGAUUCUGAUGCACCUGAAUACACGAUCAGUUCAAGACUACCUUCUCGUAUGUCAGUUUUUCUCGAGGAUUUCUUGCGUAGACAUGCUGAAUUACAGUUAUUGAGAGAUAUGGAGGAACAGUUAAGUCAUAGUAAUUCAAGCAGUGACGAUGAUCAAAACCCAGUACCUUCAUCUUUAUCUGCUCCUGCAUCUGUUGCCCCACUUCCUGAAGAAUCCACUGGAAAUAAAAUGGAUGUUCCUGAAGGUUCAUCUGACAAUGAACUAUUUUCAUUAAUUACUGUGUCCAAUAUUCGACAAUCUUCUUCAAGUGAUGAAUCUUCUAGCUAUGCUCAGCCGCCUAGUCAGUCAACUCGGAGCAAGAAGAAACGACUCCUCAAAAGGAAGCGUACUAAUUCUGAUAAGGCAGCUAGUACCAGUUCUGAGACUACAUCAGAACCAUUUAGAAAAUUACACCGUACUGCUGCUACUGUUGUUUGGAAAAAAUUUGUGGAUUCGAAAAAAGAGAAAGAAGAAACUGCCACUAAAGAUGAUGCAUCUGAUGAUGAAACUUACACUAAUUGUAUGGUGAAGAGAAUUGGAGCGCUGCCAUUGCCAACUUUGUUGUUAAGAUAUUUAAACUACAAGAGAGAUAAUUUGUAAUAUCUCUCAUUAUAAUAAUAUUAGUACCAACAUUCAUUACAAGCAAUAUCUCGCAAAAUAUUAUAUUAAAAGUUUGAUUAUAAACUGCUUUAGCAAAUUGGAUAUGAAAAUUUAUACAAUGUGUCACAUAAAAUACAUAUUAAAUGCAGUAUUUUACGAUAUCUCCAUAUAAGUAAGAUAGAUUAUAUUUCUGUUAUACAGAUUUUGAACCACUUUAAAAAAUUCAUUUUUUAAAUGUGUAAAAGAAGGCACAUCGUAGUUCAUUUUAACAUAUUUUAUUCAGUUUUUAAAAAUUUUCCAGUAUUCUUUUGUAGCUAUUAUUAAUAAACAAUUCUUGAAUAUAUAGUUUCUGCACUGUAACUGAUCUCAAAUUGUUCAGUCUCAUGCCAUUUGUAAAUACCAAUAGUUUAUGAACAUAUGAUUAGUCAAUAAGAAAUACAACUAUUAUAUUAUUCCUCCUAGUGUAUUCUUUGCACUUAGUGAACUUUCUUUUUAGUUGAAUUAUUUCAUCCCAAUCUAAAUUUAUAAUGGCUUUCUGUUUUCUUUUCUUAUUCUCGUAUUGGUGUAAAAUGUAUAUAACUUCAUUUGUUGAAUCGUGUGUCCUUUAUAAAGUCGCCCCUUCUCUUGAUUUAAAUUUUUCUUCCCUGAUUAUUCUGUAAGGAUUUCUUAAUAUCUGAGAAAAAUUUUGAAAUUAGCACAGCUUCUAGACAUCUUGUGAUGUAUAUAUCAAAGCAUUUAACUUAUAUCUGCAAAGUGAAAAUCCUAUUUCAAUUCAUUGCAUAUAUGUGUAUAUAUUUCUUUUAAUAUAUAUUACUAAUAGAUGUCGAUGAAUCAUCACCUUUGCUGAUUUAAUGAUGAUGUUUUAAUAUAAUUCACUGCUUUUUAAUUGUUGGGGACAUAGAAGAUUGAUGCUAAAUAAAAUAUGAUAAUGGGGUUGACUGUCUUAUCUUUUUUAUAGCAUAUAUCUGAUAAAAUACCAUUGCUUAAGGGAUUUUUUUUUUUCCCCUAAAAAGAUUAGGAUUUUCUCAGCCCGCCUUCAGUUUUGUUAUAUUCUUUAAACACCUGAAGAGAAAUUGAUUAAUCCAUGCAAACUUUCAUUAACUUUCUACUUAGUAGGAAAAAAAUCAUGUUAGUUCAGAAUAAUAUCCAGGGUGUGUAGCGUCAUUAAAACUGCUUAUUUCUAUGGUUCUUAUAUAAGGGCCUUAAAAGUGCUUAAUUUUUUUUUACAAGUGUGCUUAUUUUUCUUUCUGAAGAUUAAGUAACAUUUUUAGGAGGUUAGAUUUGCCCUAGUAUAGAAAUAAAUUUUCUUUGUUUUGUCUCAUCUUUCAAUGAAAAGUGCUGACCAUAAAGAAGGAAGUAAUGCUGGUUGCUGAUUCAUUUGCAUUAAUGAUUUCAAAGGUGAAAAAACUUUUUCCUAUGAUUGUAUGUAUAUAUGCAUGCAUGGAGAAAAAAAUAUCUCUUUCGUUAACUUAACUUUUUUUUAAAAAAAUCUCUUUUGCUUGCAUUGGAAAGAAAGAAAAAAAUUUCUUUUCUGGGAUAAUUUUAUGAUCAGAAAGGAAAUAAGAUGUAAAGUUGAUUUACCUGUAACUUAACCUCAUUGUUGUACUUUUGUUCCAUACUUAUUUCUUAGCAGAAUACUUAUUAUAUUUUAACAAUUUUAUCAAAAAAAUUAUGUAAAUAUUUUCUGUAUGUAAUUUUAAUGCAAAAGUUUUUUUUUUUUUAAUUCUUUUAUAAUAUGCCAAAAAAAAUGUGUAAGCAAUUCACUGUGGACAUACAAAAGUGAAUACAUUGAAUCGUUAAAGGCUUCUAAAAAUAAAUAUAAAAUGAAAUGUUCAUGAUGUUCUAAAGAAUUCAACAUUUCUAAUGUGGGAAAAGCAACUUAAAUCUCAGGCAUGAGUAGUCUCUCCUGUGGAUUUGUGUAUAAUUUUAAUUCUUCAAUAAUUUGAGUCAUUUAGCAUAGCUAACUAUCCUGUCUACUAUUUAAAUGUAAACAUAUUUUAGCAGUUGCGUGACCGAAUAAAAGACACUUUGAAUUCUGAACUUCAGCUUAUUUUACUACGCGAGGCAUGUUAUGUACAAAAAGUGAUGAUGAAACUGAUGUCCAUUUACAUCGCAAUGAAAGAGCAAACAAGACCUAAAUUUUUCCCAAUGGUGAUUUUAUUAUGAGAUUUUGACAGGGAUUUCUUUGACUUGAGUAGUGUUAGGAAAGGGAAAUUUGGGUAUCUUUAAAAGAAUGUGGUAAGCAUUAAGAAUUUUUAUCCUGAAGCACGAGAAAAUGCUGAAGUGAGCAGUUAUGAAUAGAGCACAUAUGGAAUUAAAUAAAAAAGAGGAAUUGGAUCAAGAAAUAAACUAUUUUAGAAUGAAGUGAAUAUGGGCUAAAUUAAGAUACAAAUUAAGAAAAUAAUUAAGAUUAUUAAAUUAGAUUAAGAGAUAUCAGUGCACACAUACACAUGUAUAUCGGGCAGGGAUUUCUUUGACUUGUGACGACUUAGAAAAGGGAAUCUUGGGUAUUUUUUAAACUACUUAGGCACCAGGGAUAUUUAUCCUUUCGCUUGCAGCAUGGGAAACAAAGAAAAGGCAAUUUUUAGAGAGCAUGUUGACAUUAAUUAAAUUUUAAAAAUAGGAUUUGGAACAGGGAGCAAGAGAAAAUUUUAGAAUGAAGUAACAUAGGCUAAUUUAGAGUAAAAAAUAGGAAAUUAAUUUAAUUUUAAUUAAGAAAUAUCAUAUAUAUAUAUGUAAUAUGUCUUUUAUUCUACUCUGAUCCCAACAGAUUUAAAGAUAAUAAUCUUUUUAUUCAAAUACUUAUAAGUUAUAAAGUUGAAGUAAAGUUAUAAGUUAAGUGAAGCUAAAGUUAUUUGAAAAGGAAAAACAGCAAGAUUGUUCUGCUAAUUUAUAACUCUAUUUUUAUGAAAGGAAUUUUGGGUGAAUUUUAUUGAUAAAGAAUUGAAAAUAUCAGCAUCAGCAGCCCAUUCAAAUUAUCACGUAUUUUUAGAGGAACAGAGCCAAAGAAAUUGCUGCCUAUGGCAUAAAGAAAAGACAGAAUCCGAUUCUUCAUUCUCUUUACGAAAAAAUAAAUCUCUCUUAACAAAGAAAAUUGCUUAAACUGCUAUAGAACUUUCUCAACAACUUGAUUAAACCAGAUACUUUUCACUACUGAAAAAAAAAAAAAAAAAAUCUAAUGAGUUGUGAAAAAUUAUUCACGAGAAAAUUGAACAGUUGAAAGACUUGGUGAAAUUUCUAAAAGUGAUUGCUACGUAGUUAAUAAAAUCUUAUAUGUUUUUUUUUUAAUUCUAGAUUUGUUUCCUUAUAUACUUUGCCUUUAUUCCUAUUAAGAAAUUGAAAUGUUAAUGAAGUGGUAAUUUAAUAUUUUUAUUCUUCUUAAUACAGACUAUAAUGUAAAUAAAGUAUUUCAAAUGUGGAUUGAAAGUUCUUGGAUUAAAUUUUCAUGAGAAAUAUGCAGAAAAACAUUUUCUGUUACUUAGCUUUAAUGUUUAUGAAAAAUAUGCAAUAAUUGCUGGUGGUAUUCUCUGUUUCUGUUUUUUAAAACUGAAUAAUUUUUUCGUCAUUUUAAUGAAUUUCAUUGUAACUUAUUUCCAUAAUCAAAACUGCUAUGCUAAUGUUGGUCCUUAAUUUUUUUCCUCAAGGGUGCUUAUUUUUUAAGAUAAAAUUUUACUACUCACCGUAAUUUUUAAAUAUUUUUUAAAGCAGUUUAAUAUUGCAUUGAAUACAUUUUAUUACUUUUGGGGAAAAAUAGAGCCUAAAUUCACAUAUUUCAGUAAGUCCUUAACUCCUAGAAAUAUAAAUUUGAAUUGGCAAACAACUUGUAAUUACUUUGCUAAAUUUAUUGAAUUUUAAUAAAUAUUUUUUUAUACUUAAUGCUUUUUAAGUAUAUUUUAAUUUUGAAUUAUAAAAUGAGGGAUAAAUAUAAAGUGUGUUCAUAACCUUCAAUGUUAUUUUAUCAAAAUAUUAGAACAAAAAAGUACUAGCUUUUUUAUUGAUAUUCUCCUUCAUAAUAAAUAAUGAUGCAUUAAAUAGGAUAUUUUUGUUCGGAAUGCUUCCUAUUUUAAUUUUAAAUCUAAGAAUUAAUGUAAAGCAAGGCAUUUAUAUUAUAUCUUAAGAAUUUUCUGCUCUUGUAUAUAAUAUUUACUUUUUCCCUCCCAACCUUAAAGUAAUUAUUUAAAAAUUCUUUUGAAUUAUAUAUAUAUAUUUAUUAUUAUUACAUAUAUAUAAUUAUAUUAUGUUACAGAUCUCUAGUGUAUGAAUGUAAAUAUUUAUCUUUUUUUCUUUGUUGAUUUGACUGUAUCUUCAAAUGCUGUUUGAGGUUUUUAUUUCAUGUAGGUACAUUUCUCAUGGUCCGAAUUUUUGUUUUGUAUUUGAUGUGCCAGAUGUGAAGAGAGCUUUUGAUUAUAAUUGUGGGGUUUGAUGCAUGAAAUGAAAUGCAUUUUCACACUCUUAUCCCCCCCUUCCUCCCGUUUUUUGCAUGCGUAUUUCUUGCCAUUUAAUUUUGAAAAACUUUUUCACUAAGCAAAUGGCUUAGAUGCACCAAAAUAAAAUUUGGAAGUAUUUUCUAUUUGACUUUUUCCUAUGUUUAUAUGGUGAGGAAUAAUUAGACAUGUUUUGUAAUUAAAUUUAUUCUUUUAGAUCAAUAAAAUUACUCUAAAACUAUUCAAAAUUACCUUUUGCAUUGAGGUUUGUCACUUUUCUCCCUAUAAUUUUUAGAUGUUUUCAUAUUGUAACUUUGCAAAUUAUAAUUAAUAAAAAUCAUAUUUAUGAACUUGAAAUGUAAAAAAAAAGUAUUUAUUCAAAAAAAUAUUAGUUUAUUUAUUGUAUCGUUUCUGUGAUUUCAUCAUUAUAAUAUUAUGAUCGUGAUAGCUUGCAAAAAAAUAUAUGUGUUCACUAGGCAUGGUGGCUACAUGAAUGUAAAUAAACAUGAUGCCAAAAAUAUAUGAAAUGUUGUUGUUAAUUAAAAAUGGCCUCCUUCGUAUGUUCAAAGCAUCUUUGAAAAAUAUUGUGCUUCCUGAUGUAAUUUUGCCAAAUAUUGAUAUUCUUAGUAAUUGUUUUUUGCUCAUAUUUAAUUCUCAAAAUAUUACUAUGUACUUUAAAUUCAAACAGCUUAUAAUAAUGUUUUAAACUGUGAUAUUUUAAUUAU